GGAAAUAUAAGUAAGUUUUGCCGGCCAUCGGGGUUAGUUGGUUAGGUGGAUUCCAAGUAGACUAAUAGCCGAUAGAAAAAUGCAUUUGAUCGCCGUCUUGAUAGCCAUCGCAGGAGCUUCGGUCGCCCAACAACUCCAAGGUGAACCAAUUCCUAUUGUGAGAUACGAAAAUGAAGGUGUAAACGCCGAUGGAUCGUACAGUUGGAGUUUUGAGACGGGCAACGGCAUCCAAGCUCAAGAACAAGGACAGAUCAAGAACCAGGGUACUGAAAACGAAGGGCCGAGUGUACAAGGAUCAGUGCAAUACACCUCAGAAGACGGUACUCCGAUAUCUCUGACUUACGUGGCCGAUGAGAACGGUUUCCAGCCCCAAGGGGACCACUUGCCUACACCGCCGCCUAUUCCAGAAGCUAUCCAAAAGGCUCUGGAAUGGAAUGCGGCGCACCCGGAGGAGGACCAGGAAAACGAAGUGGGUAGAGCUCAAAGGCAGGUGUCUGAUAGAGCUGAAUACAAUGGUAAUCAACGGUACUACAAUCAAAGGAAGGAGUUUAAUAGAUUUCAGCGAAAAUUUUGAAGGAAGUUUUGUUGUAAAUGUCUGCAAUACGACUGAGACAUUAUGAAAAUAUGUACUUAAUUGAAUUUUGUAAAUAAUUUAACUGUUUUUUUAAU